AUGGAUCGGCCUCCAGCAACGCCAGAACUGCUGUCUGCUGGGAAUGUGAAGCUUCCAAUAAAGGCUGGCCAGCAGAACACCCACACCAAAGUCAGUACGGAGCACAACAAGGAAUGUCUCAUAAACAUUUCCAAGUACAAGUUUUCCCUGGUCAUCAGUGGUCUCACUAAUAUCUUAAAAAAUGUUAAUAACAUGAGAAUAUUUGGAGAAACUGCUGAAAAGAAUUUAUAUCUAUCUCAGCUGAUUAUCUUGGAUACACUGGAAAAAUGUCUGGCAGGGCAACCAAAGGAUACCAUGCGACUAGACGAGACUAUGCUGGUAAAACAGUUGCUGCCAGAAAUCUGCCACUUCAUCCACACUUACCGUGAAGGGAACCAGCAUGCAGCUGAACUACGAAAUUCUGCCUCUGGGGUUCUUUUUUCUCUUAGCUGCAAUAAUUUCAAUGCUGUGUUCAGCCGCAUCUCCACCAGAUUACAGGAACUGACUGUUUGUUCAGAAGAUAAUGCUGAUGUUCAUGAUAUUGAACUUUUACAGUACAUCAGUGUGGAUUGUUCAAAACUAAAGCGACUCUUGCAAGAGACUGUAUUCAAGUUUAAAGCCCUUAAGAAAGUAGCUCAGUUAGCCGUUAUCAACAGUCUUGAAAAGGCAUUUUGGAACUGGGUGGAAAACUAUCCUGAUGAAUUCACAAAGCUGUAUCAAACGCCACAGACUGAUAUGGCUGAUUGUGCAGAGAAGUUGUUUGACUUAGUGGAUGGCUUUGCUGAAAGCACAAAACGUAAAGCAGCAGUUUGGCCACUGCAAAUCAUACUCCUGGUCCUGUGUCCAGAGAUAAUCCAAGAUAUAGCAAAGGAUGUGGUAGAGGAAACUAAAAUGAACAAGAAACUGUUCCUGGACAAUCUCAGGAAAGCACUUGCAGGCCACAGUGGGAGCAGACAGCUGACUGAAAGUGCUGCUAUUGCUUGUGUUAAACUGUGCAAAGCAUCUACCUACAUCAACUGGGAAGAUAAUUCUGUCAUUUUCCUACUAGUGCAGUCCAUGGUAGUAGAUCUUAAGAAUUUGCUGUUUAAUCCAAGCAAACCUUUUUCAAGAGGCAAUCAAAAUGCAGAUGUAGACCUUAUGAUCGACUGCUUAGUUUCCUGCUUCCGCAUAAACCCUCAUAAUAACCAACACUUUAAGAUCUGCUUGGCACAGAAUUCCCCAUCAACAUUUCAUUAUGUACUGGUAAAUUCGCUCCACCGAAUAAUCACAAAUUCUGCGUUGGACUGGUGGCCCAAGAUCGAUGCUGUGUACUGCCAUUCCAUGGAGCUCCGCAGCAUGUUCAGCGAGACACUUCAUAAAGCUAUUCAGGGCUGUGGGGCGCAUCCAGCGAUUCGCAUGACUCCGAGUCUUACAUUUAAGGAGAAAAUGACAAGCCUUAAAUUUAAAGAAAAACCUACUGAUUUGGAAACCAGAAGCUACAAGUUCUUGCUGUUAUCCUUGGUAAAACUGAUCCAUGCUGAUCCAAAGCUCCUGCUGUGUAAUCCAAGGAAGCAAGGGCCUGAGACACAAGGUAGCACGGCUGAAUUAAUUACAGGCCUGGUACAACUUGUUCCGCAAUCCAGCAUGCCGGAUAUAGCACAAGAAGCCAUGGAGGCCUUGCUAGUUCUGCACCAGUUAGACAGCAUCGACUUGUGGAAUCCUGAUGCGCCUAUAGAAACAUUCUGGGAAAUUAGUUCACAAAUGCUUUUUUAUAUCUGCAAGAAACUAACUAGUCAUCAGAUGCUCAGCAGUACAGAAAUCCUUAAGUGGCUGCGAGAGAUUCUCAUCUGUAGGAAUAAAUUUCUUCUAAAAAACAAACAAUCAGAUAGGAGUUCGUGCCAUUUUCUCUUCCUUUAUGAUGUCUCUGGAGGUGGAACUAGUCAGAUUUCUCUCGACCAUGAAGAGAUGAUACGCUGUGCUCCAGGAGCUACCCUCAGGAAAGGGAAAGGGAAUUCUUCCAUAGAAAGUGCAGCAGGAUGCAGCGGAACACCGAUUUGUCGCCAAGCCCAGACAAAAUUGGAAGUCGCCUUAUACAUGUUUUUGUGGAGCCCAGAUAUUGAGGCAGUCCUUGUUGCAAUGUCCUGUUUCCGUCACCUCUGUGAGGAAGCAGAUAUCAGAUGUGGAGUCGAUGAAGUCUCAGUGCAUAAUUUUUUGCCAAACUACAAUACUUUCAUGGAGUUUGCAUCUGUUAGCAAUAUGAUGUCAACAGGGAGAGCGGCCCUUCAGAAAAGAGUGAUGGCGUUAUUAAGACGCAUUGAACAUCCAACUGCAGGCAACACAGAGGCCUGGGAGGAUACACAUGCAAAAUGGGAACAAGCUACAAAACUAAUCCUUAACUAUCCAAAGACCAAAAUGGAAGAUGGCCAGGUUACUGAAAGUCUUCAUAAGACAAUUGUUAAGAGACGAAUGUCGCAUGUUAGUGGGGGAGGCUCCAUAGACUUGUCUGACACAGAUUCUCUCCAGGAGUGGAUCAACAUGACGGGGUUCUUGUGUGCCCUCGGAGGAGUGUGCCUGCAGCAUCGUAGCAAUGCAGGAUUAGCCACCUACAGUCCACCUAUGGGCCCUGUCAAUGAGCGUAAGGGCUCCAUGAUAUCCAUGGUGUCCACUGAGGGAAACGCAGAGACUCCCGUUAGCAAAUUCAUCGAUCGAUUAUUGACUCUGAUGGUCUGUAACCAUGAGAAAGUGGGACUUCAGAUACGGACUAAUAUUAAAGAUCUGGUGGGUUUGGAGUUGAGUCCAGCACUUUAUCCAAUGCUGUUUAACAAAUUGAAGAAUACCAUCAGCAAGUUUUUUGAUUCUCAAGGACAGGUUUUGUUAACCGAGACCAACACACAAUUUGUAGAGCAAACCAUUGCUAUAAUGAAGAAUUUACUUGACAAUCAUACAGAAGGGAGCUCAGAACAUCUUGGACAAGCUAGUAUUGAGACAAUGAUGCUAAACCUGGUUAGGUAUGUGCGUGUGCUUGGAAAUCUGGUACAUGCAAUUCAAAUAAAAACAAAGCUUUGUCAGUUGGUAGAAGUAAUGAUGGAAAGGAGAGAUGACCUUUCAUUUUGCCAAGAAAUGAAAUUUAGGAACAAAAUGGUGGAGUAUUUGACAGACUGGGUUAUGGGAACAUCUAAUCAAGCAACAGAUGAGGAUGUGAAAUGCUUGACAAGAGAUUUGGACCAAGCGAGUAUGGAAGCAGUGGUCUCCCUUCUUGCUGGGCUUCCACUACAGCCUGAAGAAGGAGAUGGUGUUGAGUUGAUGGAAGCGAAAUCUCAGUUAUUCCUUAAAUAUUUCACACUGUUUAUGAACCUUCUAAAUGACUGUAGCGAAGUUGAAGACGAAAGUGCACAAACAGGUGGCAGGAAACGUGGAAUGUCUCGAAGACUGGCUUCGCUACGGCACUGCACGGUUCUUGCUAUGUCAAAUUUACUCAAUGCAAAUGUGGACAGUGGUCUUAUGCACUCAAUAGGCUUGGGCUAUCAUAAAGACCUCCAAACAAGAGCUACGUUUAUGGAAGUCCUCACCAAAAUUCUGCAGCAGGGAACAGAAUUUGAUACGUUAGCAGAAACAGUGCUAGCAGAUCGGUUUGAGAGAUUGGUGGAGUUGGUUACAAUGAUGGGUGAUCAGGGGGAGCUUCCUAUUGCUAUGGCUUUAGCCAAUGUGGUGCCUUGUUCUCAGUGGGAUGAGCUAGCUCGUGUCCUGGUCACACUCUUUGAUUCCCGGCACUUGCUCUACCAGCUGCUCUGGAAUAUGUUCUCAAAGGAAGUUGAACUAGCAGAUUCCAUGCAGACGCUUGCCAGUAAAAUAAUGACUUUCUGUUUUAAGGUAUAUGGUGCUACGUAUUUGCAGAAGCUUUUGGAACCUUUAUUAAGGACUGUAAUCACAUCGUCUGAAUGGCAGCAUGUUAGCUUUGAGGUGGAUCCAACAAGACUGGAGCCUACGGAAAGCCUUGAAGAGAACCAGCGGAGUCUCUUGCAAAUGACAGAAAAGUUUUUUCAUGCAAUCAUUAAUUCUUCUUCGGAGUUCCCACCACAGCUUCGCAGUGUGUGCCAUUGUUUAUACCAGGCAACUUGCCACUCUCUACUGAAUAAAGCUACCGUAAAAGAAAAAAAGGAAAACAAAAAAUCAGUUGUUAGUCAGAGAUUUCCUCAGAACAGCAUUGGAGCAGUUGGAAGUGCGAUGUUCCUUCGGUUCAUCAAUCCUGCGAUCGUCUCCCCUUACGAGGCAGGGAUUUUAGAUAAAAAGCCUCCACCAAGAAUUGAAAGGGGAUUGAAACUGAUGUCAAAGAUACUUCAGAGUAUUGCCAACCAUGUCCUGUUUACAAAAGAAGAACAUAUGCGGCCUUUUAAUGAUUUUGUAAAAAGCAAUUUUGAUGCAGCACGAAGGUUUUUCCUUGAUAUUGCAUCCGAUUGCCCAGCUAGCGACACUGUCAAUCACAGCCUGUCCUUCAUCAGUGAUGGCAAUGUUCUUGCUUUGCACCGGUUGCUGUGGAACAAUCAGGAGAAAAUUGGCCAGUACCUUUCCAGCAACAGGGACCACAAGGCUGUUGGAAGACGACCUUUUGACAAGAUGGCUACUCUUCUUGCCUAUCUGGGUCCUCCUGAGCACAAACCUGUGGCAGAUACCCAUUGGUCCAGUUUAAAUCUCACUAGUUCCAAAUUUGAAGAAUUUAUGACAAGGCAUCAGGUACAUGAGAAAGAGGAGUUCAAAGCACUGAAAACACUAAAUAUUUUCUACCAAGCUGGGACAUCAAAAGCUGGCAAUCCUGUUUUCUACUACAUUGCUCGGCGAUUCAAGACUGGUCAGAUCAACGGAGAUUUACUGAUAUACCACGUCCUGCUGACUCUGAAGCCAUACUAUGCAAAGCCAUAUGAAAUUGUAGUGGACCUCACGCACGCUGGCCCCAGUAAUCGCUUUAAAACAGACUUUCUUUCUAAAUGGUUUGUAGUUUUUCCAGGCUUUGCUUAUGAAAACGUCUCAGCGGUUUUUAUUUAUAACUGUAACUCUUGGGUCAGAGAAUACACCAAAUACCAUGAAAGGCUCUUGACAGGUUUGAAAGGAAGCAAAAGGCUUAUUUUCAUAGACUCUCCAGGGAAACUGGCGGAGCACAUCGAGCACGACCAGCAGAAACUCCCAGCAGCUACCUUGGCUUUGGAGGAAGACUUGAAAGUGUUUCACAAUGCUCUCAAACUGGCUCAUAAAGACACCAAAGUUUCUAUUAAAGUUGGGUCGACAGCUGUGCAGGUGACGUCAGCAGAACGAACAAGAGUCCUGGGACAAACAGUGUUUUUAAAUGACAUAUACUACGCCUCUGAAAUUGAGGAAAUAUGUCUUGUUGAUGAGAACCAGUUUACCUUAACCAUUGCCAACCAAGGCACACCACUCACCUUCAUGCAUCAGGAGUGUGAAGCCAUCGUUAGGUCCAUCAUUCAUAUACGGACGCGGUGGGAGCUGUCGCAGCCAGACUCCAUCCCACAGCAUACCAAAAUUCGCCCUAAGGAUGUCCCUGGAACACUACUGAACAUAGCGCUGCUCAACCUGGGAAGCUCAGACCCCAGUUUGCGGUCUGCUGCCUAUAAUCUUCUAUGUGCCUUAACCUGUACCUUUAAUUUAAAGAUUGAGGGCCAGUUACUGGAAACUUCAGGUCUGUGUAUUCCUGCCAACAACACGCUAUUUAUUGUAUCUAUUAGUAAGACCCUUGCCGCUAACGAACCACACCUUACCUUAGAGUUCUUGGAAGAGUGUAUUUCUGGAUUUAGCAAAUCUAGUAUUGAACUGAAACAUCUUUGUCUGGAGUAUAUGACUCCCUGGCUGUCCAAUCUGGUCCGGUUCUGUAAACACAACGACGACGCUAAGCGCCAGCGAGUCACUGCUAUUCUCGAUAAGCUUAUCACAAUGACAAUAAAUGAAAAACAGAUGUAUCCUUCCAUUCAAGCUAAGAUAUGGGGAAGUCUUGGACAGAUAACAGAUCUCCUCGACGUGGUGCUGGACAGUUUCAUCAAAACGAGUGCCACAGGGGGCUUAGGAUCCAUAAAAGCCGAGGUUAUGGCAGACACAGCUGUCGCGCUUGCUUCUGGAAAUGUAAAGUUGGUUUCAAGUAAAGUGAUUGGAAGGAUGUGUAAAAUCAUCGACAAGACUUGUCUGUCCCCGACUCCUACGCUGGAGCAGCACCUGAUGUGGGAUGAUAUCGCUAUUCUGGCGCGUUACAUGCUGAUGCUCUCCUUCAACAACUCUCUGGAUGUGGCAGCGCAUCUCCCCUACCUCUUCCAUGUAGUUACUUUAUUGGUGGCCACUGGUCCCCUUUCUCUCAGAGCUUCCACUCACGGUCUCGUCAUCAACAUCAUUCAUUCUCUUUGCACGUGUUCACAGCUUCACUUCAGUGAGGAGACCAAGCAAGUUUUAAGGCUGAGCUUGACUGAGUUCUCUCUGCCCAAAUUUUAUUUGCUGUUUGGAAUCAGCAAAGUGAAAUCAGCCGCAGUCAUAGCGUUCCGAUCCAGCUACCGAGACAGGUCGUUCUCACCUGGUUCCUACGAAAGGGAGACUUUUGCGCUGACUUCGCUGGAAACCGUUACCGAAGCUUUGUUGGAGAUCAUGGAGGCUUGUAUGAGGGACAUUCCAACGUGCAAGUGGCUGGACCAGUGGACUGAACUAGCUCAAAAGUUUGCAUUCCAGUAUAACCCAUCCCUGCAGCCACGAGCACUUGUUGUCUUUGGCUGUAUAAGUAAACGUGUGUCUCAUGGACAAAUAAAACAAAUAAUCCGAAUUCUUAGCAAGGGACUUGAGAGCUGUUUAAAAGGCCCUGAUAAUUAUAAUAGCCAAGUUCUAAUAGAAGCUACGGUUAUAGCACUCACCAAGCUGCAGCCUCUUCUUAAUAAGGACUCCCCUAUGCACAAGGCCCUCUUUUGGGUAGCGAUGGCGGUACUGCAGCUGGAUGAGGUAAACUUGUACUCAGCAGGUACAGCACUACUGGAACAGAAUCUGCACACCCUGGACAGCCUUCGAGUCUUCAAUGAUAAGAGCCCAGAAGAGGUGUUUAUGGAGAUCAGGAGGCCGCUCGAAUGGCACUGCAAGCAGAUGGAUCAUUUUGUUGGGCUGAAUUUCAACUCCAACUUCAACUUCGCACUAGUGGGCCACCUCCUGAAAGGGUACAGGCAUCCUUCUCCUACCACGGUAGCAAGAACAGUAAGGAUUUUACACACACUACUAGCUCUGGUUAACAAGCAUAGGAACUGUGACAAGUUUGAGGUGAACACCCAGAGCGUGGCUUACCUAGCAGCUUUGCUGACAGUAUCUGAGGAAGUUCGAAGUCGCUGCAGCCUAAAACAUAGGAAGUCUCUCUUGUUGACAGACGUUUCAAUGGAAAAUGUUCCCAUGGAUACAUAUCCCAUACAUCACAGUGACACUAGCUAUAGGACACUAAAGGAAAAUCAACCAUGGUCAUCACCAAAGGGGUCAGACAGACACCUGGCUGCCAGUUACCCGACAGUGGGACAGAUAAGCCCUCGAACACGAAAAUCCAUGAGUUUGGAUAUGGGGCAGCCUUCACAAGCGAACACUAAAAAGCUUCUAGGUACAAGGAAAAGUUUUGACCAUUUGAUAUCGGACACAAAGGCUCCUAAAAGGCAAGACAUGGAAUCUGGAAUCACAACGCCUCCCAAAAUGAGGAGAGUAGCCGAAAAUGAUUAUGAAAUGGAAACCCAGAGAAUAUCACCGCAGCAACACCCACAUCUUCGAAAAGUUUCUGUUUCUGAGUCAAAUGUCCUCCUCGAUGAAGAAGUUCUGACUGACCCAAAAAUUCAAGCACUGCUGCUUACAGUUCUUGCAACAUUAGUGAAGUACACUACCGAUGAGUUUGACCAGCGGAUUCUGUAUGAGUAUUUAGCAGAAGCCAGCGUUGUCUUCCCAAGGGUCUUUCCUGUUGUGCAUAAUUUAUUGGAUUCCAAGAUCAAUACCCUUUUAUCGCUGUGCCAGGAUCCAAAUCUGUUGAAUCCAAUUCAUGGGAUUGUUCAGAGUGUUGUCUACCACGAAGAGUCUCCUCCUCAAUACCAAACUUCUUAUCUCCAGAGUUUUGGAUUUAAUGGGUUAUGGAGGUUUGCUGGCCCAUUUUCUAAGCAAACACAGAUCCCAGACUACGCUGAGCUCAUAGUGAAGUUUCUUGAUGCCUUGAUUGACACGUAUUUGCCUGGAAUUGAUGAGGAAACCAGUGAAGAAUCCCUCCUGACACCCACGUCUCCCUAUCCUCCCGCAGUGCAGAGCCAGCUUAGCAUUACUGCUAACCUUAACCUUUCCAAUAAAAACCAAUUUUUUUUUUUUUUUUUUUUUCUCUCCCAUCACCCACAGCAAACACAGAUCCCAGACUACGCUGAGCUCAUAGUGAAGUUUCUUGAUGCCUUGAUUGACACGUAUUUGCCUGGAAUUGAUGAGGAAACCAGUGAAGAAUCCCUCCUGACACCCACGUCUCCCUAUCCUCCCGCAGUGCAGAGCCAGCUUAGCAUUACUGCUAACCUUAACCUUUCCAAUUCCAUGACCUCGCUCGCCACUUCCCAGCACUCCCCAGGUCAGUAG